AAGUGUAAUCGCGAUCGAGCACAAAUCUGCUGCUAGAAACUGCGAGGGCGUCUCCGUUUUCUUCUUUUUCGUCUUCCUCUUCCUCUUCCUCUCCUGGGAAACCCAAACCCUAACACGUGCGAUUCAGGGAGGUGAGAGAUGGACGCGAUAAGGAAGCAGCUGGACGUGCUCAUGGGAGCCAACCGGAACGGCGACGUGAGGGAGGUUAAUCGCAAGUACUACGAUCGUGACGUCUGCCGCAUGUUCCUCGUCGGCCUCUGCCCUCACGAGCUCUUCCAGCUCACCAAAAUGGAUAUGGGGCCGUGCCCAAAGGUCCACUCCUUGCAACUCAGGAAAGAAUACGAAGAAGCCAAAGCAAAAGGUCUUGAUAAUUAUGACAGAGACUUGGAAGAUGUUAUUGACCGACUUAUUGUUGAGUGUGAUCGGAAAAUCGCCAGAGCCCUCAAAAGACUCGAAGAGGAUGAUGCUAAGGCUGCUAUUGCAAUUUCUGUUUCUGAGGUUACGCAGACCCCCGAGAUACUUGAACUGUCGAAACAGAUAAAGGAGAAGCUGAAAGAAGCUGAUCAAUAUGAUCUUGAAGGCAAGACUGAUCUUAAAAUCCGAGCUUUAGAAAUUGUUGAAGAACUGAGGACUAGAAGAGCAGAUAAACAGUCUAUGCUUCUUUUGGAUGCAUUCAAUAAAGAUAGGGCAUCUUUACCACAACCAGUGCCAAAUGCACCACCUUUGGCACCCCCGCCUGCUGUCACUGCUGAUCCUCGCACCCAAGAAAUGAUAAAUGAAAAAUUGAAGAAGGCGGAGGAACUUGGUGAGCAGGGAAUGGUAGAUGAGGCACAGAAGGCUCUGGAAGAGGCUGAAGCACUUAAAAAGCUUCAUGCCAGACAGGAGCCUGUACAAGAAUCUACCAAGUACACAGCUGCCGAUGUGCGAAUUACCGACCAGAAGCUACGUGUUUGUGACAUUUGUGGAGCAUUUCUCAGUGUUUAUGACAGUGAUCGGCGUUUAGCAGAUCAUUUUGGAGGAAAGCUUCAUUUAGGCUACAUGCAAAUCCGUGACAAAUUAGCAGAGUUGCAGGAAGAGAGAAACAAGACCCGCAAGGUUGAUCGCCAUGAUGAUAGAAGAUCAAAAGAGCGGAGCAGGGAUCGAGAUAGAGAAUCAAGUAAGGACCGAGACCGAGGAGAUAGCCGCGACCGAGGGAGGGAUAAUGAUCGUAGGAGCAGCAGGGAUCGGGACAGGUACUAUGACAGAGAUCGUGGAUAUGACAGGGAAAGGGACCGAGACUCUGAUCGUUCUCGCGGCUAUGAUUCAAGAAGUCGUCGUCGAUCACGCUCACGAUCAAGGGAGCGAUCGAGGGAUUAUGAUCGCCACAGGCGCCAUGAUCGCUACUAGAUGGCAAUGACAGAUGAGUGAGGUUGGGCAUGAAGCUUAUCUAAUUGUUAGGCAUUGCGAGAGUCGUGUUAGGAGGAGAUGGAACAGAUUGAGGUUGGUCUGUUACAAAAUGUUUUAGCAGGAUCAUAUGUAGUUCUCCGCGUAUAACAGAAAUGAGAGGGUGUUGAAUACUGUUUCCUGUUUUGGUUCGUAAGCUUGUGGUGGUUUUGCUUUGACUACAUUGUAGCUUUUGGGUGUACUUUUACUGAAUCUUGGCGUCUCAUCUGAAGGUUUGUUACGGCCAGUGGAUUGUGUUUAUUGUUUGAGGUUGAGAUUUCGUAUUUACCAUA